AUGCAUGGGCAAUUUCCAAUAGGCAUCUUUAAGCUACCAAAUUUGCGGGUUCUUGACGUGAAGUACAACCAAGAUCUCACUGGUUCUUGGCCUCACUUUCAAUAUUGGAGUAGUCGUUUGGAGGAAAUUGACCUUGGAAGCACCGGUUUCACUGGUGAGCUACCCACUUCUAUGGGAAAUUUCGGCUCCUUGAUUGCUUUGAAUAUUGGGGGUUGCAACUUCUCAGGAUCCAUUCCUUCUUCAAUUGACCUCUAUGAUAAUCAAUUGUCCGGUCCAUUCACUUUUGGGCUUACAAACUUGACACAACUGGUUGUCCUUAACUUGAGCGGCAAUCAUUUAUCUGGUCCAAUUCCUUUUGGGCUUAUGAACCUCACAAAAUUAUAUGUCUUGGGCCUUUGGGAGAAUGAGUUUGAAGGUCAGUUUACAAUCUCCAUCUUUAAACAAAAUAAUCUUUAUUUUCUUGAUAUUUCUGCUAAUUACCUUAGUGGAACUUUGUUUAUUUGCAACAUGACUUCUCUUCAUAUCCUUGAUGUGUCUGAUAACUACUUUAGUGGUUCACUUCUUCCAUGCUUGCACAAUAUCUUGGAAUUGAGGAUGAUUAGUUUGAGAGGAAACAAAUUCCAAGGACUAUUGCCAAGAUCAUUGUCCAAUUGCACCAUGUUAGAGGCCAUUGAUGUUAGUGAUAAACAAUUCAAUGACACUUUUCCCUCUUGGUUGGGAAAUCUUCCAAACUUAAAGCUUCUCCUCUUGCAGUCCAACAAAUUCUAUGGGCAAAUAUUAGAAAGUCCUGAAACCAAUUAUCAAUUCCCCAACUUGCGAAUUAUUGAUCUUUCUUACAAUAGUUUUAUCGGAAGGUUGCCAUUAAAGUCCUUUAGAAAUUGGACAAUGAAUUCCACUUGA